AUGGAGUUCAGAAGAAGCGCGACAUCCUCCUUCUGCCUUGCUCUGCUCGGCCUUCUCGCCGCCACCAUGCGCGCGGCUGCAGCUGACACAGCUUCCCCCAACGACCCCAUCUCCAAGCCCGACUGUGACUCCGACAUAGCGGUCUCGAUCCGGUACGCCAGCUCCACCAAGCGCCUGUACCUCGAGUCGGCAGACGGCGAGACCCGCGGCGGCUGCGUCACCCUCGGGCAGAUAUGGGAGAACCGGGCCGGCAAGGCGCCGCUGUACGCGGUGGACCCGGAAUCUGGCAAUGAGAGCGAGAACGAGACUGGCACGUGGCUCCUCACGGAGGAGCUAUAUGUGGAGGACGGUAUCACGCUCAAGGUGUACGGGACGGGAGAGGGAGGAGAUGCCGACGAACUCAGGUUACUGAGCACAACCGACACCUACAUCAACCUCAGAGCACACGGUGGCAGCCUGGACUUCGUGGGGACGAAGGUGUUCUCGUGGGACACGAGCACCAACUCGCCGGACGAAGACGAAACCGACGGUCGGUCGUACAUCAGCGCCAUCUCGGAGAUUAUCACUGACGAGGACGAGACUUGCGAGGGAAAUGCCAAGAACACCAUGGGGGAGGCCCGCAUGGACAUCGAGAACAGCGAGAUCGGCUACCUCGGGUUCCAGGACAGCGAGAGCUACGGGCUCACGUGGAAGGUUCGUGGGUUCUGCAAGGACAAGUCUAACCCGGGAAUUUUCGACGAGGUGAAUGUCUACGGAAACAUGUACGACAGCGACAUCCACCACAUGCGCUUCGGCCUCUACACCUACGGCCACCAGCAGGGAGACUGGAGGAGGAACAAGAUGCACGACAACUCUGGAUACGGCUUCGACCCUCACGACGACAGCGACUUCCUCACCAUCCACGACAACGAGGUGUACAACAACGGCAACCACGGUGAGGCUGUAAUGGGCUUGUCACUUUGUGUGCUUCCUAUGUUUGUGCCGGAACACACCGCGAAUGGACAUGGUGGGCUGUCGAGUGUCAUAUGAGAUGCCAUAUUUUUCUGCUCUGUUGUCGCUGCCAUCGAUCCCUUGAUGUCAUCGGGAAAUGAACAGUUCGAGAUCCUU